ACAAAAACAAUAGCAGCUGCUCAAAACAAAAAGAAACACACAAAAGGGAGCAAGCAAAUAUGAAGAACUCAUUCUGAACUGAAAGAAAAAAAUCUAAUUGUGAAAUAAUUAUAAUAAAGUGCAGUGCAUUGUUCAAUAAUGGCUGGUUUAAUCGACAAAAGAAAACGUAGCAGGGAAGAUGAUGUCUCCUGCGACUCGACGCCCUUAUCGAAACGCAUCAACAAUUUACAUUUAUCUAAUUUCGAGGAAGCUGCUCAUGAUAACCUGCAUAACAAUAACAACAAUCAUUUGCAACAGCACAUGUCCAAAGAAGCUAUGCACAUGCAUCAUGCCACAGCAUCGGUUUCGAAACCACCACCAAUGAAUACUCCUAAUGGAGAGACAAAUAAUGCCAUAUAUCAUCCUGAAUUAAACAAAUCUGAAAAUCCAUUUUACUAUGAUAAAAACAAACUAUUGCAUGAACUUCAUUUGGAACGUUUAAAACGAUGUACGGUAUAAAAAAGCUUUCUUUGUGUCAUUUAAUUUUCUAAAAAAAAAAACAACUCCUGGAAUAGAGUAUUAUGUUAAGUUUAUUCGUUUCAUUAAAUAUUUAUGUUAAUUUUUUUGUUUAUGUGAAUUAUCAAUAUUUAUUUUCUAUGUACAUGCAUGCUACGACAAGAAAAAUUGAUUUUAUGUACCUAAUUGGCUUGAAAUCGUUCAUCACUUAAACAUAAUCAAUUGAAAUUCGAAUCCAAAUGUUUUAGUUAAAAAAAGCCCAUACUUGUAAGAAGCAUAUGUGAUUAACAAAUGAAAAAUAUAACUAAAUGAUAAUAUCUGUGA